ACAAAACAAAAAAAAAAAAAUAAAUAAAUAAAUCAAAAAAUAAAGUUAGCAAAGUGGAGUCUGCCGCUGGAAAUCAGCUUCAUCAUCGGUCAUCAUCAUCAGCCAGGUCUUCGUUGUUCCAACAUCUCAUUGUCACCGUUAACGAUAGCCCAAUAAAAUCAACGAAAUUCCAUACCUUCAACAACAAAUCCGAAACACCCUCAUCUUCAUCGUCCAGUCAAGAAACGGUAUCGUAUGCUCCAAAGUUUCGUAAAGAAAUCCAAUUGAGGGAAUCGCAUUAUAUUAAAUCAAACAAAACGGAGAAAUCGGGCAAUUUAUUGCUUAUACAAAAAACAAAAAAUUCUAUAAAUUUAGGGACAAAAGGCAAUGAGACUAGCGUAGCCGCUACCACCAUCACCGCCACCACCGGAAUAAUGCCCAUUAAUAAUGAAGUAACAACUUGUAAUACGACAACGAGGGGUUCGCAAGUGCCAUCAAUUUCGAUUAUACCGUUAACGUCCGCAACAACGGUGCGCAGUUUUAGCUCCGCCAGCCAAUUAUCUGCAUCUAGUUCGUUCGUUGCAGCCGAACCGAAAAAGUGUACACUUGUUAAGAAUGUCUCAGGCUUAGUAGUUCAACAACGAUCACGACCCCAAGAGCAAUUUAAUCAAACUGAGAAAUGCACGAUUUUAAAAUUUGACGUUGUUCGUAAAUCAUCGGUUGCUACUUCAACAAUAGUUACAUCCACGUUGACUUCAACAUCAUCAUCUACGGCAUCGACGGCCUCUGACGCGCCGACAACUGAAACAACACUUGUGAUACCUAGCAGCGCUAUUCAAAUCGAUACUCAAGAUUUUGACGAUAGUGAAGAUAGACCGCAACAAGAUCAUCACCAGUCAUCGCAAAUAAUAACGAAUCAACCGAUUAUUGUGAAAAUUGAACCCACGCAAGCUUUUCAUAUUGUCGACGAAAGUGAUACCAGAGUUUUAAGUUUGCCAUUGACGGACAGCGAUAAAGUGGGAGCUAGUUGGAUUGAUUUAAAAGAUCUCGCGGGAUUGCAAUCAUCUGCGGGUAGCACUUUGCUGGACGUAUGCUUCGAGCCGAUCACUGCUGUUACGAAUACAGCCACGAACACGGAUAAAUCAACAACAACGGCAACAAAAACAACAUCAACAGCAAAAACAACAAUCGAUGCACCCGCAGGAAUUUUAAUAACAAAACGUCAAGGUACUUUAAAGCCUACGGAAACAGAUGCACCCUUAGCUUUACGAAUAAGUGGAUCUGAAUCAUCGUCUUCAGCGACUGUCGCGAAUAAAGCGACAACGACAAUAACCUCUCCGGUGUCGACAACAAGAGAGCAAUAUUCAGGUCCUAGUACCAGCGGCGCCAUGACAGCUCAAAUUGAAAUUAUUCCAUGCAAAGUUUGCGGCGAUAAAUCAUCUGGAGUUCAUUAUGGAGUUAUAACAUGCGAAGGCUGCAAAGGAUUUUUUCGCAGAUCACAAAGCUCGGUAGUUAAUUAUCAAUGUCCUCGUAAUAAGCAAUGCGUUGUUGAUCGUGUUAACCGUAAUCGGUGUCAAUAUUGUAGACUGCAAAAGUGCCUCAAAUUGGGAAUGAGCCGCGAUGCUGUAAAAUUCGGUAGAAUGUCGAAAAAACAAAGAGAAAAAGUUGAAGACGAGGUGAGAUUUCAUCGAGCACAGAUGAGGGCUCAAAACGAUGCUGCGCCCGAUAGCUCUGUAUUCGAUAUACAAACACCUUCCAGCAGUGAUCAAUUGCAUCACAGCUAUAACGGUUAUAGCUAUUCAAAUAAUGAAGUCAGCUAUGGGAGUCCGUACGGCUACUCUGCGUCGGUGACGCCGCAACAGACAAUGGCCUACGAUAUAUCUGCCGAUUAUGUCGAUAGUACUACAUACGAACCACGAAGUACAAUAAUGGAUUCUGAAUUUAUCAGUCACGGAGAUGGAGACAUAAACGAUGUUUUAAUUAAGACCUUAGCCGAGGCUCAUGCGAACACAAAUACCAAAUUGGAAAUAGUACACGAAAUGUUUCGAAAACCGCAGGAUAUCUCAAGGAUUUUGUAUUAUAAAAACUUGGGCCAGCAAGAACUGUGGUUAGACUGUGCGGAAAAGCUUACACAAAUGAUACAAAAUAUUAUUGAGUUUGCAAAAUUAAUACCGGGAUUUAUGCGUUUAAGUCAAGACGAUCAGAUUCUUUUAUUGAAAACCGGUUCAUUUGAGCUGGCAAUUGUAAGAAUGUCCCGUUUGUUAGAUCUCUCACAGAAUGCUGUGCUUUAUGGCGACGUAAUGUUGCCGCAAGAAGCUUUUUAUACAUCGGACUCAGAGGAAAUGCGACUGGUCUCAAGAAUUUUUCAAACAGCUAAGUCGAUUGCUGAUUUAAAAUUAACUGAAACCGAACUUGCUCUGUAUCAAAGUUUAGUGCUGCUGUGGCCGGAGAGGAAUGGGGUGCGUGGUAAUACGGAAAUACAGAGGCUUUUUAACUUAAGCAUGAAUGCGAUAAGACAGGAACUGGAAGCCAACCAUGCUCCUCUUAAGGGUGACGUGACAGUGCUAGAUACUUUACUCAACAAUAUUCCUAACUUCCGGUGAGUAUUCAUAAUUAAAACGAUCAUUAAUAUAU